AAGUUAACUUCCAAUUCUCAUUUUGCAAUGCAAAUGAAUGGUUCUUCUUCUUCUUUUGGUCCAGGUGGUCUAGACUUGGCUCAAUCCUUUUUCAAGCCUAUCCAAAACGGUGCCCCACCGUCUACCACUAAGUGCCACACCAAAAUCUCCGUCGUUGGAGUUGGAAAAGUCGGUAUGGCAACAGCCCAAACCAUCCUCACUCAGAACUUAGCCGAUGAACUUGCCCUUCUCGAUGCUAAGCCCAAUAUGCUCCGUGGGGAAAUGCUUGACCUGCAACACGCCGCUGCGUUCCUCCCACGUACUAAGAUCAGUGCUUCAGCUGAUUACUCCGUGACUGUUGGGUCGGACCUGUGUAUUGUUACGGCUGGAGCACGUCAAAAACCUGGUGAGUCCAGGUUGAAUCUGUUGCAGAGGAAUGUUGCUUUGUUGUCGGAUAUUAUACCUCCGUUGGCGAAGAACUCGCCGGAUUCGAUUUUGUUGAUUGUUUCGAAUCCGGUGGAUCUUUUAACUUACGUAUCGUGGAAACUUUCGGGAUUUCCGUCGAACCGAGUCAUUGGUUCUGGUACGAACUUGGAUUCGUCGAGGUUUCGGUUCUUGAUCGCCGAUCAUUUAGACGUCAAUGCUCAGGAUGUGCAGGCCUACAUAGUUGGAGAGCAUGGAGACAGCUCGGUGGCACUAUGGUCGAGCAUUAGCAUCGGUGGAGUACCGGUUUUAAGCUUCCUAGAGAAACAACAAAUCGCCUAUGAGAAACAAACCCUUGAGAACAUUCACAAAGAAGUUAUCGACAGUGCAUACGAAGUGAUCAAUCUCAAAGGCUAUACAUCUUGGGCAAUUGGCUAUUCGGUGGCUAAUCUAGCUAGAAGCUUGCUUAGAGACCAAAGAAAAAUCCACCCAGUUUCAGUCUAUGCAAAAGGGUUUUAUGGCAUCGACGGCGGCGAUGUUUUCUUGAGCUUGCCGGCGCAUCUCGGUCGAGGUGGUGUCUUGGGUGUCACUAAUAUCCAUUUGACGGAUGAAGAAGUGGAAAAGCUUAGGAAAUCGGCUGAGACUAUACUUGAAGUUCAAAACCAGUUGGGACUUUAAGGAACGAUGGAGACUUUAAUGGAUAAAAGUACGGUGGAAGCCUUUAUAUCUACUGUUUCUAUUUUAAAAAUAGGUAAAUUAAUUCUUAUAUGUUAAAUUAAAGAGUAAAUUAA